AUGACUCGGGCUGGAGCUCUCCUGCUGCUCUGCGCUGCCUUGCUCCUCAUCGCGGGCGGAAAGUGUGAUGACAUCUGCCCAGCCUUGAGGAACACUGUUGACCUGUUCAUAUCGGGAACGCAUGAAGAGUAUAUUGAACAAGUUGAAAAGUAUAACCAAAAUUCUGCUGUACUGGAGACUGCCGAUACCCUGAAGAGCUGUGUUGAUGAGAGGUUGACAGCAGAGGAUAAGCAAAAUGCUCUGAGUGCUCUGAAUAAAAUAUAUUCAAGUUCUCUCUGUUGA